AUGAGUAAUGCUUAUUUACUAAAAAUAACAUUGUUUCUUCAAAGAGAACUGUUUACAAGUAAAGCUUGUAUAUUACAAGUAUUAUAUUGUGAGAAAGUAAUUCAUGUUAUCAACAAAAUAGUUUCUAUAAAGAAUGUUGAAACUGAAGUUGCUACUUCUUCAAAAAAUAAAGGAAAGGAGGUAUCGAUCUUUCCAAGAGAAUUGUCUAUAGAAAAUAUUGAAUCCACUGAAAUUGCCUUAACUACAAAAGACAAAGAGAUUAUUUCAACUCUUCUAAACGUCAAAAAAUUCAUGAAAUGA